ACUGUCAAAUAUCCUUUUUGUAAAAGUCUUUUUCUUUUCAGCCUGUCUUCCACCUGAAAGCUGUGUGCCAUCAAGCCAGACAUCUCUAUCUAGCCGCGCGCAAAAAAUUGAAAUGGCGCGUUUGGCUCGAGGCGGUUGUGUGGGCGCCUUUUGCAGAGGCACAAUGCAUAUCGAUAUACGUCAUUUAGUUUUCAUGGCCAGCAGAACAUUAUUAUAACGCUGAGAGAAACAUUUAAAAACUAAAUUUAGAUGAUAAAUUCUUAUAUCCCCGCAAGAAUAGCUGGAAUAGAAACAUAAAAAAAAAAAAAAAAAGACAGGAGGAAAUUAUACAUAAAUUAUAAUACAGUACAGACUAAAGCGCUUAAAAUAAAAGAUUCUCUUUUGCUCGCUGAAGCCAAAGACAUGCACACAGGUAACCUAACCGUUAUCCUCGCGCAUGCACAUAUCUUAUUUGUUCAGUACGCGGCAAACGACGAUAAAUGCGAUUAAAACACAUAUAUACGCAUACUUCCAAAUGUGAAUAGCAAGAUCAAAUGUUGUUCUUAUAACUCGCCCCAGCUCAGGCAGGGUUGAGCUAAUUGUAGCCUAAUCCUGCCCCGGGGCGUUUGGAGAGCCUUGAGCAAGAAUUCUUGUUCAGCUGUCCUCUGUUAUUCGGGCUGGAACGCUGUGCCUUCAACGCACUCUCACGCUUCAACAAAAAAGGAGCAAGAAAGAAAAAAAGCGAGGCUAAGACACGCCACGAUCGAUCUCAUGUUUUAAAGAGGGCUGAAGAUACAUUUACAGCUAUGUCUUCCAAGGAGGGAAGGAGCAUGUCUCGGCUGUCUUUGACCCGGUCCCCAGUGUCUCCUCUGGCCGCUCAGGGAAUCCCACUGCCGGCUCAGCUGACUAAAGCAAAUGCUCCAGUCCACAUUGACGUAGGCGGGCACAUGUACACCAGCAGUCUGGCCACCCUCACCAAAUACCCAGACUCCAGAAUCAGUCGCCUGUUCAACGGCACAGAACCGAUUGUUUUGGACAGUCUGAAGCAGCAUUAUUUUAUCGACAGAGACGGAGAGAUAUUCCGCUUCAUCCUGAGCUACCUGAGAACCAGCAAACUGCUUCUUCCUGAUGACUUCAAGGAGUUCCAGCUGCUGUACGAGGAGGCUCGGUAUUACCAGCUGACACCCAUGGUGAAAGAGCUGGAGCGCUGGAAACAGGACCGGGAGCAGCGGCGGACGGCUCAGCCCUGCGAGUGCCUGGUGGUGCGGGUGACCCCUGACCUGGGCGAGAGGAUUGCCAUCAGUGGGGACAAGGCCCUCAUAGAAGAGAUUUUCCCAGAGACAGGGGACGUCAUGUGCAAUUCAGUCAACGCCGGCUGGAACCAGGAUCCAACCCAUGUUAUUCGCUUUCCACUGAAUGGCUACUGCAGGCUCAAUUCUGUACAGGUCCUGGAGAGACUGUUCCAGAAAGGCUUCAGCAUGGUGGCAUCAUGCGGCGGGGGCGUGGACUCCUCCCAGUUCAGCGAGUACAUCCUGAGUCGGGAGGACAGACGGUGUCAGACCAGCCACACACCCAUCCGGAUAAAACAGGAGCCUCUGGACUAGCCGGCUCUUGCACCAACCAUGAACACCUCAGUCUGCUUUCGAAGAAAAAAAAAGAAAAAAAAAAAAAGCGCCAGUGGACAAAUAGAAGACUUAAUUUGCAAGAAGAGUUUUCUUCGACUCUUCGGACUCCAAGAGGACUGAAAUCUUAGUAAAUGUACGAGUAAUUUCAUCAAUGCCCCCAAAACUCCUCCAAAAGAUGCUUUACAAACCCAAGCGAGUCACAGGAUGGCUUUUCAGCUACUGACCUCGAGUUGAACUUUUUAACUCUUUCUUUGGCUCGAGUCAUGAAAAAUGCACUCGUUGAUCAAGAUUUCCACAGUACAAGAAUCAUGACAUAACCGCCAUUGUAUGUGUGUAAAAGAGCGAGAAGGACUCUACGAGGAAGUUGCGUUUGUGGCGAACGCACCUUCUGGCUAGAACACUUUCAAAUGAUGCACCAGUCAGAUCUCCAAGCUCUCGGGCGAAAUUAACCACGAAAUACAAAGUCUGUCCUCUGAUCCAUUUUUAAUCUUGAUAUCUAAUGUUCUCAUUUUCCAGUCUCAUCUAUGUAAAUCAGUUCUUUUAUGACCUACAGGUUUAUUGCUGUUGUCUCGCUACAUGAAGGAUAUGAGAGCAGUUCUCAGAAGUCAUUUGGUUGUAAGUGCGGUCUGGAUUGGCUUUGACUUGAGGCUAAGUGGCGGCUAAAGCGGACAGUCUGGUAAUGCAUUCAGCACUGGGCAGAGAGGCUUUUUGUUCGAGCAUGUCUAAAGGGAAACCUGGACUCAUAUGGAAGAGCUUGCCUGAUGGCAUCGACUUUCUUUCGGGUGCCCGUUUUCUACGAAACUAGCCAUCUAGCAGCUUCGGAAAGUUCAUCUUGAUUGCUUUGAGUUAAACGGUUAAAAAGCAAAGAUCUUUUUGUAGAUUUGUGCCCUAUGCAUCCAAAACAACAUCUUUUUUGAUGAAGGCACCUUUUGAAAAAUGAGAUUAGUCAGACUGUUAAUGAACGCAGCAAUUUCAGGGGGCGCUGCACGGAUCGUCUGAGAAGAGGGGGAUUACUUGUACCCCUUAAGGCCUGGAGACGGAGGGGCUAUGGGUCAGAAUUCUCUCCAGGAGUUAAGGUCACUUUCCCACAAUCCCUUUUGCUCACUCUCCCUUAGCAAAACAGUGCAAUCAAAGCCACUUGGAGAGAGACUGCGGGAGAAUAGACUUGAAAGGUUAACUUGGUGGCUGGUAAACAGACUGAAUUGCAUAAUGUGUUGUAAAAAGGCACAUUUAAUGAGACAGCUUUUUAAGGCUCUCUGCCUCACCAUUUCAAAAGGAAGAAUCACUGAAAUGUCACGGAUGUGUUAUGCUAUUUGUUGUCUCAACUGGCCAUUGUUUCUUUUAAGCUGCGUGUUCAAAUUUCUUCAACUUGUCGCACAUUGUACAUAAAGGCUCACGGACGCGUCACAGGUCCCCCUGAAUGCAACUUACCACCUCGCUGUUGUGCGACUGGCGUUUCGGUUUUUUAUUUCAAAAAAAAAAUUAAAAAGACUAUCUUGUCUCCAGUGCAACGAGGGUCAGAGAAGCCGCGUCGGACAUUAAUAAAAUCUUAAUUUAAAUACUGCUCUAAUGGAUGUUGUGUCAAGAUGUAUAUUGCAGUAUGGUCCAAAUGUAUAUUAUUUAAAUAAAACAUUUUUGUAAUGGA